AUGGACGCAUCGACAGAAAACAGAUUGUUGCAGCACAUCAACGAGCUGCGAUCCACUUGCGAUCUGCACUCUUUUGACAAGAGUCUAGAGAAUGGAUUUGGAUGGGCCGAGUUGAUGGUCGAGCAUGCCAGAGAUGUGUUUGAGCAGUACAAGUGAGUGGGCUAGUGAGAACACAUCCCACGCUGUAUGCAUGUCAGAGUUUGAUUGAUUCUCUCGGGUGCUCUAUCUGCAACAGAAACGAGCAUGCCAAGAACAAGACGAAGAAGAGCUCGAGUCAGUCUCUCAGGGCUCAGACUGCUGCGUUGGCGUUGGCGGGCGAAAUGCUCAAGUCGCCAAAGAAGAAAGCUUCCGUCAGCUCCUUUCGCUUCCCAUUCUCUUCCAGCUCGACGGGUGAGAGCGGUGUGAGCUCUCCUGUGCGCGGAUCCGCAUCGCUGCUCAGGAGUGGAGCGUUUGGUGAAGACAAGGAGAACACGCCUCGACAGGCGAUGCGACCCAACGUGCACCACGCUGCUGCUGAUGUGGAAGCAGAAGAGCAAGAAAAGCAGCUCGUCGCGUCGCCCAAGAAGGCCGCUUUGCCCACCACGCGCAGCAGAUCGGACAAGUCUGCUCAGCCAAAACUGCCAAAUCCCUUUCAGAGCGGCAGGGGGGAGAAGAAGCCUCGCACAGUGUCUCAACAGAGCAAGUCCAAGAAGGCUCACCAGGAGUCCAAACAGCCUUCCAUGCCUGCCUCCUCUGACCCCGUAGCCGCGAGUAGCGCGUCUUCAGGCGCGGCACCGUCUGCCAAGUCCACCAGCAGCUCGAGGAAGAAACGGUCGUCUGAUGAGGCCGAGCUGUCGGACCACGAGCUUGAUCCGGCAUCCAAGGUGCCAACAGAAAAGCAGCCGAGCAAGAGGAGCAAAGCAACCAAGACGGAACAGAAGCUGCAACAACGAGAUGCAGAGGCAUCAACUGCACCGCUCAAGAGGAGCACUCGCGCGACAAAGGCUGCCAUGGAAGCAGAAGAUGAGGCACCACCGUCGAUGUCGCAAGCCGCUACAGAUCCGAUUGUUGAGAUCCAACCUCGAAAGGAGGACAUGCGCCAUGUGUCCAUCUCGAGGGAUGUCUCGUUGAGCCAUGCGGACGAGGAUGUAGAGAUGCAAGACGGCGAACAUCCAGAGGCUUCCACGCCUCCCCCCGACGCGCUGCCACGCUCGAACUCUGGACGUGCACUUUCAGCAGCUGCGGAGGCGGAGGAUAGUCUGCACAUCAGUCUGGUCGACGAUGGGACCGCAUACACGGAGGAUGGAGAGGCGGAUGAAGAAGGGUGGUCUACUGCACACGCCAAGGAAGUUGAUGGUGCAGCCCAAAUGAUCUCGGAAACUCGUGGUCAAAUUCAAUCGCGUGCCGAUCCGGUGUCUAGACCGAAAGCGCCAAAGAGAACGCUGGGUGAUAACGUCGGACCAAAGAAAUCCAUCGCUGCGGUCGGGACAGCGUCGACAGACAAGGAGAAGGAUCAGACCAUCCUCGGCGCUGCUCAGUCGCAGAAUGCUACGACCCCUGCAGCUCCUGCCACCUCUAUAUUUCGAAGCAGUCUGUUCAGAAGCGUGAGGAAGGAUGAAAACAAGGCACGCCAGGAGAAGGACGAGGAGGACAGCAGCGAUGAAGAGAUGAUGGCGAACACCAAGAUGAACGCGACGAGCGUCUUGUCCAAGAAUGUAGUCGUGCCGCCCAAGUCUAGCAAGCCGGCAGGUAGCGUCAACGGCCAACAGCUGCAGGCGCAGCAACAAGCUGCAAGUCACAGAGCACCGACGUCCGUCCUGAGCAGGCUAGAAAAGGUCAAGAGAGCUAGCGAUAUGAAUGUACAUGCUGCACUUCCUCCUGCAUCGUCCAGCGCAUUCAUGCCUUCCUCUACAACGAAGUCAGCUCAUGCUGCUGGUACAGCCGUAUCUGCAGCCAACCCUCGGAGCAUGACCGCAGUUGGUCUCGGCAACAUUGCUCACAGCAAGACCUUUGAGCAUCAACGCUCUCAGAUUGCCUCGCAGAACGAUGCGGCGAAGGAUGCUCCUACUGCUUCUAUCACGAGCUCGAGAACUGCAGCCGCAUCCACUACACCGAGCGCCUCUCCGGUGCUCACGCUGCAAAGUCGCCCACUCCGAAAAGAGGACGAGAAGGGGCUGGAAGAUGAAGUGAUGUCUGCGUAUGAUGAAGAGGAGCUGGACAAAGAGUUGGGCACAGGUGCUGGCAAGCAGGCUAUUCUGGCCGUGAACACUAAAGAGGCUGACAUGACGCUUGGAGAGCUCGGCUCAGCUGGCAGGACGGCGGAUGAGCAGCUCAAAAACAUCAAAUCUGCAUCGACUCAGCCCGCACAAGCACAAGUAUCAGUUGCGAAGGCUCCUCUAGUCCAGAAAAAGGAAAGCACAGUACCUCAAGCCGGCGCUCGAGAGCAGGUCAGAGUACCGUCCAACACCCAGCCUCCGCCUAAACCUAUUUCGCAGAUGCCAAAGGUCAGCGUCAAUCUCAUGGGCAAGAGCAUGGCCAAGCCCGGCACGGCCGCCAGCGCGACAUCCAAGACUCGCGCAACGCCAGCAUCUGCCUCUGCAUCCAGUGCUGCGCAGCCCUCGACGAGUGGACCUUCGACUGGGCGCGAUCCGAACGAGAGCAGACAAGGAUGGAACUUUUUCGACAAGGUCAAAGGGUUUGUUGGACUCAACGCUCAAAACGCAACGUCCUCCGCGGGUGCUCAUCCUACUAACGCGCAUACUCCAGCCUCCGCUCCUGCGGCUUCGAAUGGUGGCGCUUUUGUGCCUGCGAGACCCGGCUCUGUUCUGGCUAUGGCCAACAAGGCUGCUGGCGCUGCAACGCCGCCGAGAAAACGGACCGACUCGAAUGUCAGCGGAACUGCACCUGGUGCGCCAAGCAACGCUCUGAAUGCGUCUGUCUCUUCUCAGAAUGGGCCGACGGGCAAGGGCAAGGCGCCAGCAGCAGCAGCUGCUGCUGCAGCAUCUAAGAAGGAGGAUGAGCUGAAAAAGAAACAGGUCGAGGAGAGGAGGAAAGCUGCUCUUGUGGAACGGGAGAAGGAGAGGGCCAAUGCUGCUGCUGCCGCCGCCGCCGCCAAGGUGAAAGCGCCUAGCAAUAUCGUCAGGCCUGCGCCCAGUACGCACGGCAUCAAGGCCAAUCGACCAGCCAACGUGCAGGCGCAACCUGCUAGACCCGGCUCUUCCCUUGCCGUUCGACCUCCGAGCGGCUUCAAUGCUUCUGCGCAAUCUAUCCGAUUUGGCGGACCGACGACAUCCAACUCUUCGCAGAGCGUCAAUAGGAACGGCGGAGCAAAUUGGGUCGCUGUGAAUGCUAAUUCGACUUCUGUCAAGUCGAACGGCAACGUGUUUCAGCAAGCCAAGGGCGUGAGACCCCCUGCGAGUGGUUCUGGUACGAGCUCGAAGAUGGAAAGCAUAGCGGCUCAACACGUUUCGAUGGCGAAAAAUGCGACGCCCGAGGUUUCGGACGAAUCUGGAGCUUGGGAAGAAGCCGUGUCGUCUGCUGAUGAGGCCGGAGCUGAAGAGGAGGAGGAGGGGGAGGAGGAAGAGGAAGAAGCGGGUCAAUCGCUGUCCGAUCCCGAUUCGGCAUACUCCCAGUCGGAGGAUGAGGAUGUGCAAGAAAAGAGGGCGGGAGAGAAACCUUGGGAGAGAGCAGCUUUGGAAGAAGCGCUCAGAGCUCAGGCUAACGUGGAUCCGGAUGGAUUGUUUGGUAUCCCAAAGGCUAGCGUGCCCCUGGAGAAUUGGUUCGAAACGGAUACGGGAGCUACGCCUGCGAAGGAAGCUACGAAGCUGGAAAGGAUCAGGAGACCGCGAACUAGCUCGGGAACGUGGAAUAGGAACGAUCUGCUGGGACAGGAAGAAAUCGAUAGGUACAAUCGGAUGAUGGGCAUCAAGUCCAGUGGCGUUAGGAUUCAGAGAAGUCCCAACGAUAGCAACGCGCAGCGGAGCAAGAAGAGAAAAAUGCCAGUGCAGAGCAAUGGAUCGAUGCAGAGCAAGGAAAGACCUUCGAGCAGGUUGGCUAAUGAAUUAGUGGGCCAGAAUAGGUAUGCUCCUAGUAGUAGCAAAGCUGGCCCGUCCAAACUUCACUAA